UGGAUCUGCAGGGAGAUGGCUGCAUCACCAUGCGGGACUAUAAGAAGCGUGGGAGUCCUACAGGAAGCCACCCUCCGCUCCAAAUUCUCCUGCACUACAGGUCUACUCCACUCAGCAGCCAUGAAAUUCUCCCUUAUCGCAGCCGUUGUUCUGCUUGCUCUUGCACAAGGAAGCUUUGCACAAGAUGCUGUCAAUCUUGACAGUCUCAGUCGGUACUUUGAGGAGAUGAAGAACAAGAUGGUGCAGGACCUGACUGAGAUUAUAGGCAACCAGGACCUGGCAAACCAGGCUCAGACCUUCAUGGAGGACAAGAAAACUCAGCUGGAGCCCCUGUUCGCUCAGAUUCAGGAGCAGCUGAAGACCGUUUCCGCCAGCGUCGAGGAGCAGAUCAAGCCCCUGGCCGCUAGCGUGCAGGCUCAGCUCCAAAGCGAUAACUUCAAGCAGCAAAUGGAGUCCAUCUUCCAGAAGCUGACAGAGCAGACCAAGGCCGUCGACAACUAAGAGAGAUGCAAUGUGCCACCACACCACCAUCUUGCAUCUGAUGGCUAGCCUGAAAGUGCAGGAAGAAGUCCAGGAGCCUAAGAUGUGUUUCAGUAAUAGUUGACAUUAUCAUCUCUGUCUCAAAGCACAAUUAAACACAACUUCA